ACAAUGUAUGAAGAAACUAAAGAUAAACUUACUGCUAGUUCUGAGCGCAUUGAUGUUGAACUUAAGAGAAUCCAACAGUGUGCUGCUGAAUGUGCCACUCAUGUGACUGAGUCAAACAAAGACCAGGAGAUGACACUAUCAGAGUUUAUGAACCAAAGAACAGCUGCAACUCACGAACUUCAAUUUCAUUCAGAGUCACUAUGUGCGCACCUUCACGAUUCACUGAAGGGUUUUGAAUCAGACAUGACAAUUCAAGGUGAUGGUUGGAAUAAAAAAUUGACAGAAUGCCAAACCAAGCUAGAUGCCACAAGAGACGAAGUUCAGAAAACUGUGGACUUUAUUGGCAACAGUGUAGUAGAACAACUUGAUGAGCAAAUGGAAACUGUGCUCCCAACAGGGAAGACUCCAAGGAGAAAAUUUUUUCAUUAUCCUAGUCAUCUUACACUAACUGAAUCUCAUGAUAAGCUACUGCAGAAAUUCACUAUCAAUGAGCAACUUUUAGAAGAUCUUGAAAGUGAUGACAUGGAAAGUGAUAUUGAGAUGGCAUCUAAUUGUGACAAUUUCAACUAUGCUUGUCAGAUUCUAGAUAAAGUGAAACAACCAAUGUUAUCAGCAAGUGAUGAUUGGUCUUUUGAGAAAGAGAAUGAGCAGUCUCCUGCAGAACUGACAAAGUUGCAAUACAAGCAGAAAAUAAAAGUACCCCUCACGGUUGCUAUGAACUGCAAGAAAUGAUUGUGACAGAAUUUUUAAAGUAGAUGUGUCUUGCUUCUACUGUUUCACUGUAAGGGUUUAUGCUAGCUAUUGUUAGUUAAUUAGUACUUUGUCUGAGUCUUGCCCGUGUUUUCACAAGUCUGUAUGCAGCAAACUAAGUUUCACUAUAUUUGUAAUAGUCAUUUGUUAGACCUUUUAAUUAACUCUCUCAGCAUUAUUCCCGCG